UGGUUUAAAGGUUAAAGUUGCUGGACCGGCUUUUCUUGACGUAAAGCUUGCUGGGAAAUAUAAAAUGGCAUCUAGUAAACUUCUUCGAGUUGUGUUGCAGACAUCAGUGAGAAGAUCCUACUGUAGUCCACCGGGACAACCUUCCGCUGUCUUCAGGCCCAGAAGGGCACUCCUGUUUGUAGCUGGGAAUGAUGAGAAGAAAAUUCGCAAGGUCCCAACACUGGACGUGGACUGCGUCGUUCUGGACUGUGAAGAUGCCGUAGCACUGAGCAAAAAGGAUGAAGCUAGAACAACAGUUAGGAGAAUGCUGGAGGAGGUUGACUUCGGCAGGACAGAGUGUGCUGUAAGGAUCAACUCUGUGGACAGUGGGCUGGCAGACGAUGACCUGUCAGCUAUUCUGCAAGCAAAGAAGCUGCCUUCAGCCAUUUUGCUACCAAAGGUGGAGAGUGUUGAAGAGAUGCAAACUUUUGCUGCUAGCCUAAAUGAUGCUGUCGCUGGAAUAGAGAGUAACCCGACCUUUGACCUUUUUGCCCUCCUGGAGAGUGCGAAAGGCCUGAUGAACCUUCAGCCAAUUCUACAGGAAACUGUCAGCCUGUCUGACAUGUCUCCCUUCCGACUGGCGGCCUUGUGUUUCGGGUCUGAAGACUUUGCUGCUGAUAUAGGUGCCAGUAGGACCAGUGAUGCCACAGAACUGAUAUAUGCUAGACAGAUGGUAGUCCUUGCGGCAAAGGCAUUCGGUCUACAGGCCUUUGACUACGUCUCUGUGGACUAUAAAGAUACGGAGAGCCUCAGAAGACAGGCAGAGGAAGGAGCUAGGUUUGGAUUUACAGGAAAAUCAGUGAUCCACCCGUUCCAGGUGCCGAUUGUUCAGCAGGCGUUCUCCCCCAGUCCUGAGAGGGUAGUCUGGGCACGUGGACUCAUUCAGGCAUUUCAACAACACCAACAGGAGGGGAAGGCGGUGUUUGUGUAUGAGGGAAGAAUGGUCGACACACCAAUCUUGUUGAUGGCACAAAGUAUAGUUCAGUUUGCAGCAGCUUUAGAAAAGUGAAGCAUAUCCAUGAGGUCUUCCAACUUUAAAUGCUUUCUCUUUAAUUCAUAACCCUGGUGAUUUCCUUUAACCUCCUUUCAUCUUUUACUUACUUUUUUCAGGGUUCCUUUGAAUAUGAGGGGAAAAUGAUCUACAAGCCAGGACUUCUCCAGGCACAGAACAUACUUCAGAUAGCUCAGUCUGCAGGACUUUAACAUUCACAGCUAGAAAAUCACAGCCUGGGUGCCAGACUUUUUCCAGGGCCUACACAGUCCACCUCUUUGGGUCUAACUCAAGGCUGUGAAAUUUUGUUGUGUAGGCCCUAUAAACAGUCUAGCAUCCAGGCUAGGAAAAUUAUGAUACUUUCUUAGAGGUUUCUAACAUUUCUAACCAUAUGGUGUAAUAAAAUACAUGUAUAGGGUGAUUACCAGUCAUCUGUAGGAUAACCAAACCCAAAUGAACUUCUAGAGUUGAACCUACCAAUCACGUGAUAAAACUCAGAAGCAAUCCCAACCUGGGAGCAUCCUAGAGAACAUUUUAGAAGAAGGUGGGAGGACUGAGUCUUCAACACACUCAGGGAAAUAGGGGUCCCAAGAUCCAACUGGACAUCCAGUGCCAAAAAUGGAGAGAGAUGUGUACAGUGUCAACUGUAUCAGUAGCACCUAAUGCCCAUGGAUGAUUGCUUGAAACUUUAUUCAUGCCAUCCCCACAAUUUUUGCUUCUCAAGGAAUAGUUUAAUUGAUGGAAACUUUAUUAAUUCUAUUUCCCAACAUUUUUGCUUCUCAAGGAAUUAACUUUGUGUGCUAUAAUGAUACAUGUACAUAAAGCUACAUGAAAUGGACUGCAUGAAACAUAUUCAAAGUCAUACAUUGUGAGCUUGUGUUAUUUUAUCUCCAGUGAAUUACAUCUAACAUAUAACGUUACAUGGCCUUGUCAGGACAACUGUAAGUAGAGGUAUUAGCGUAGUGUAAUGUAUUAAUUAGUCCUUAGAUCUACAUUUUGUGGUGGAUAUGAUAUACACUCAGUAUCAUAGGGGUGAAUUAAAGAAUGAACGUAACAAGAA